UCGUCUCAUCGCUGGUGUUUUCUCUUGUUUUCAUCGCUGGAGAGGACGUGUGUGAAUGUUUCCGAAUUUAACGCGGAGGAAAAUUGACUCUGCUUUGAACAAACAGGUCAUUUACUCAAACAGGACACCUCGACAUCACGGAGUUGAUUUGGAGGUUUUACCUCGUCCCGUAGCGUCCGGACAAAGUCACCGUCCUACAAUGGACUGACUGCGGGAGAUCACCUCAACUCCUUGAGUCUGUAAUGCUGCAUGAGGAGAUGAGACACGUUCAGCCCGGCGCUGUGCGCUUGGAGGUGCGCGUUAAGUGCGACAAAUGUUGAGAUUGAACCUAACAGUAAGGUGCUAAAUCUACACGAUAUGUUUCUGUAAACGGAUGAACAGAGCAGAGAGGAGAAGACAGACCGCCGCCUGGUGCGUGUGAUGAUAGGAGACACAAUGACACUCUUGUCUCUCCUUGGUCGCAUCAUGCGUUAUUUCCUCCUCAGGCCGGAGACUUUGUUCUUGCUGUGUAUAAGUCUGGCUCUAUGGAGUUAUUUCUUCCACACGGACGAGGUGAAAACCAUCGUCAAAUCCAGUCGGGACGCCGUAAAGAUGGUGAAGGGAAAAGUAGCCGAGAUGAUGCAGAACGACCGUCUGGGAGGCCUGAGUGUGCUGGAUGCAGAGUUCUCCAAAACAUGGGAGUUCAAGAACAACAAUGUGGCCGUUUACUCUAUACAGGGACGGAGAGACCACAUGGAGGACCGUUUUGAAGUGCUCACUGACAUCACCAACAAGAGCCACCCAUCUAUAUUCGCAAUAUUUGACGGACAUGGAGGAGAGGCUGCAGCAGAUUUUGUGAAGGCUCACUUGCCCGAUGCUCUGAAGCAGCACCUGCAGGCCUUUGAGAAGGAGAAGAGAGACAGUGGGCUCUCCUAUGCUAGUAUCCUGGAGCAGCGCAUCCUGGCUGUGGACCGUGAAAUGCUGGACAAACUCUCUGCCAGCCAUGAUGAAGCAGGCACCACCUGCUUAGUGGCCUUACUGUCAGAUAGAGAACUCAUUGUAGCAAAUGUUGGAGACUCCCGUGGUGUGUUGUGUGACAAAGAUGGAAAUGCUGUUGCACUGUCACAUGAUCACAAACCAUAUCAACUCAAGGAGCGCAAAAGGAUCAAGAGAGCAGGUGGCUUCAUCAGCUUUAAUGGAUCGUGGAGAGUCCAAGGAAUUCUGGCCAUGUCCCGCUCUCUCGGUGAUUAUCCCCUGAAAAACCUCAAUGUUGUCAUUCCUGACCCUGACAUCAUGACGUUUGACCUGGAUAAACUCCAACCAGAGUUCAUGAUCCUAGCCUCUGACGGUCUGUGGGAUGCUUUUAGUAAUGAGGAGGCUGUCCGAUUUGUCCGCGAGCGCUUGGAUGAGCCACAUUUUGGAGCUAAGAGCAUCGUUCUCCAGUCCUUUUACCGGGGCUGUCCAGAUAACAUCACCGUCAUGGUGGUGAAGUUUAAAAGUGGAGCGGGUGGUAGCAAAACAAGUGAGUAGACGUAGAAGAGAUUACGCCAGUAUUUUCUUCAUCUGAAUGACGAUGGAGUAGCACAUGUUGGUGUGAAAUAAAAAAACAAA